AUGGUCUUCUUCGGCUACUAUCGGCACACCUUCCUUAGUCACACAAUUGCAAGGUAUCCAGGGAAGAUGUUCUGGCUUUUUUCCUUGGUUGUUUUGGCUUCUUGCACACCACAAAGCAGAGCGUUGGACGGAGGAAUCAAAAUCCAACUCACCCAGAAAGGUCUCGAAUAUGGAAAGGAAUUUGGGCUGCAAAUGUUGAUGUCAAAGCUGAAGAAUGAGAAAAUCCAAGACAUCGAUGGCUCCUACCGAGUCCCACUGGUCGGGAAUGUCCAUUAUUCCGUGUCAGAGAUCCAGAUCAAGGAACUUCAGGUCAACCACUGCACUGCUGGCUUCGUGGAAGGCACAGGUCUGAAGCUGACCAUCCAAAAUGCAGACUUCGUGCUCAGUGGCACAUGGAAAUACUCCGCCAGCUUCGGGAGUGAGACUGGCAUCAUUGACAUCAGCAUAAAGCAGCUGUCCCUUUCCGCUCUCCUUGGGCUGGACAAAGAUGACCAGGGCCGGCCGGUUGUGCGGCAGGAGGGCUGCCAGUCUUCCAUUGGAGGCUUGGACCUGAAACUCUCUGGAAAGAGCAGCUGGCUGUACAACAUGCUUGCGUCCGUUCUCAAGGGAGUCCUGCGAUCAGAGGUCAACAAACAAGUAAGGUUUGGAGCAUUUCAAGCAGAUUCUUCCUCUCUGAACAUCCUGAGAAAAAGGAGAAAAUCUCGUUCUCAUUGUUGA